UUGUGAAGAUUUUAUAAACAUUGGAAAGGAAACAACAGUUCAAAAACUUCUAUUUUUCUGAAAAAGAAAUCAUGAGUAGUUCCUUAAGUGCCCAGGAACAGGUCAACUCGAGAAACGAAAAAGGUCACUUACACAAAAGAUAUGGGGCUUACAUGAAGCCAAGUGCAGCCCAAUGGGACACUGGUUUGGGCCAUCUGAAUGGUGAGAAAUGUAUGACUUGAUUCUGUUCGUUAAAAAAAGUUUUAUCUCUCCUACUCUAAGAAACUCUUCAAUUUUCAUCAUUCUCACCUUUUGCCUUUAGGUUUUCCGAAGGUCAACAAUGAAAAACAGAACGAUGUUUGGUGAGUUUAUACUGCUGGGCCUUACAAAUCAACCUGAACUCCAAGUGAUGAUAUUCAUCUUUCUGUCCCUCACCUACAUGCUAAGUGUCCUAGGAAAUCUGACUAUUAUCACCCUCACCUUACUAGACCCCCACCUCCAGACCCCCAUGUAUUUCUUCCUCAGGAAUUUCUCCUUCUUAGAAAUUUCCUUCACAUCCAUUUUUAUUCCCAGAUUUCUGACCAGCAUGACAACAGGAAAUAAAGUUAUCAGCUUUGCUGGUUGCUUGACUCAGUAUUUUUUUGCCAUAUUUCUUGGAGCUACCGAGUUUUACCUCCUGGCCUCCAUGUCCUAUGAUCGUUAUGUGGCCAUCUGCAAACCCUUGCAUUACAUGACUAUUAUGAGCAGCAGAGUUUGCAUACAGCUAGUGUUCUGCUCCUGGCUGGGGGGAUUCCUAGCAAUCUUACCACCAAUCAUCCUCAUGAGCCAGGUAGAUUUCUGUGUCUCCAACAUUCUGAAUCACUAUUACUGUGACUAUGGGCCUCUCAUGGAGCUUGCCUGCUCAGACACAAGACUCUUAGAACUGAUGGUCAUCCUCCUGGCUGUUGUGACUCUUGUGGUUACUCUGGUACUGGUGACACUUUCUUACACAUACAUUAUCAGGACUAUUCUGAGGAUCCCUUCUGUCCAGCAAAGGACAAAGGCCUUUUCCACUUGUUCCUCCCACAUGAUUGUCAUUUCCCUCUCUUAUGGAAGCUGCAUGUUUAUGUACAUUAAUCCUUCUGCAAAAGAAGGAGGUGCUUUCAACAAAGGAAUAGCUGUACUCAUUACUUCAGUUACUCCCCUGUUGAAUCCCUUCAUAUAUACUUUAAGAAAUCAGCAAGUGAAACAAGCUUUCAAGGACUCAGUCAAAAAGAUUGUGAAACUUUAAAAAAGGAGAUUACACUUCAAUAAAAAAUAUAUUUUCACUUAACAAAUAUGCAUUGAAUGUCUGUAUUUCCAGUGCUAAAUUGGCCCU